GAACUUUCACCAGUGGCAGAGGUACUGUAUGUACUGUAUGUAGUACUACUACCAUGUAGUGCCGUUUGAUAUUGCCUCACUUUUCAACAUUGAUCCUCGUUGGCAUAUCAUGGUCUCUCCUCGUUCGAUUGCGAUGGCCAUGGCGCUGUCUGGCGCCGCCGUGUUCCCGUCCGUCGACGCCCACGGAUGGAUCUUAUCCCCCGCGCCGACAUUCCUCGAUCCGUACGGUGACCCGUCCAAGUUUUGCGGCGUGAUCAACGGCAACAAACUGUACCCGGCCGACGUGUUCAACCGGAGCCCCGAAGACAACACCAAGGCAUUUCUCGCCCGGUUCAAGGUCGACUAUACCAGUUUGAAGCAGUUCUUUGACAAGAACGACGACUGCGGCGAGUGCGGUAUCACAAAGUUUGGCACCGCGCAAAAGCUGCCGGCGGAUGGCGUCGUGAAGUGGCGAAACGGCGGCGAAGGCUUUGUGUCGUCGCACGAAGGGCCGUGUGAAGUCUGGUGCGACAACACGGUCGUGUUUCAGAACGACAACUGCGCGCGGAACGUGCCGUCUGGAAACAUGCAGAUCGACGUGGCCAAAUGUAGUGGCGCCAAGAAGAUGGUCGUCUUGUGGAUUGCAUUGCAUGCCGUUGACUGGCAAGUGUAUAAGAACUGCGUCGCGCUGCAAGACGGUGUCGCUCCUUCCACCAGCGCGCCCCCGCUGACGUCGACCCGGCCGCCGACGCCGUCUGUGACAGAGUACCCCGUCAUCACCCCCACGCCAUCUCCGUCUGCGACAGAGUACCCUACGCCCACGACCUCGAAUGCAUCCUCCACGACGCCGAGCCCCCUUCCGUUUCCCACAAGGAAACCGGCGAUCUCGACCACGACGUCCGUGCCGGCGACCACGCCUCCUUCUAGUACUACUACUACCGCGACCCCCACAGCCAAACCCACUUCAGCCCCUGCCACGAGCCCCAGCAAAAUCGCAGGCGGAUGGCAGCGGUGUGGCGGCAAGGGCUACACCGGCGCCACCGAGUGCGUACGAGGCUACCACUGCCAAGUUGUGAUCGAGUGGUACCAUCAGUGCAUCCCCAACGUAACCGGGGAAGGUGAGCUCAAAACGUACGAGCAGUGCGGGGGCAGCAGCUGGACAGGCAAAGGACAAUGCAAACAAGGCGACGAGUGCACAAAGCUGGACCAGUGGUUCAGUCAGUGCAUGCCCCAUAAAAACCCGUAACCAAUACUAUUAUAGUCGAUCUACGAAGUCUGAAAUAUAUAUAUAUAUAUAUAUAUAUAUAAAUUAGCAAGUACGCGCAAGAUA